AUGCUCCGUGCCAUCAAGGGAGAGAAGGUCGAGCGGCCGCCUGUGUGGAUGAUGCGCCAGGCUGGGCGCUACAUGAAGGUCUACCAAGACCUGUGCAAGAAGCACACGACGUUCCGCGAACGCUCCGAGAACGUCGACCUCUCCGUCGAGAUCACGCUCCAGCCGUGGCACGCCUUCAAGCCGGACGGCGUGGUGCUGUUCUCGGACAUCCUGACGCCGCUCACGGCCAUGAACGUGCCGUUCGACAUCGUCGCGGGCAAGGGCCCCGUCAUCUUCGAGCCCAUCCGCACGAUGGAGCAGGUCCGGGAGAUCACCACCGGCGACGACUUCAACUUCAGGGAGGUCAACCACUACGUCGGCGACGCGCUGACGCAGCUGCGCGCGGAGCUCGGCAACGACGCCGCCGUCCUGGGCUUCUCCGGCUGCCCCUUCACCAUGGCCACCUACAUCGUCGAGGGCGGCUCGAGCAAGAACUUCUCGCACACGAAGAACCUGAUGUUCACGCAGCCUGAGGUCUUCCACGCGCUCCUGGACAAGCUCGCGGUGAACCUGGCGGACUACCUGCGCUACCAGGCCGACAGCGGCGCGCACGUCGUCCAGAUCUUCGACUCGUGGGCGUCGCAGCUCAUGCCGCAGGACUUCGACACCUUCGCGGCCCCGUACAUCCGCAAGGUCAUCGAGUCGGUCAAGAAGACGCACCCGGACCUCCCGAUCAUCCUCUACAUCUCCGGAUCCGGCGGCCUCGUCGAGCGCAUGGCCGCGACCAACCCCGACGUGCUCUCCAUCGACCAGUCCGUCGACAUGAAGGACGCGAUCGCGCGGGGCGGCACGAACUACGCGUACCAGGGCAACCUCGACCCCGGAGUCCUGUUCGGCGGCGAGGAGAUCAUCCGGGCGCGCGUGAACGAGGUGGCCAAGACCUGCCACGACGCCGGCGUGCGGCACGUCAUGAACCUGGGCCACGGCGUGCUCCCCACGACGCCGGAGAAGAACGUGGCGGCCUUCUUCGAGGCCGCGCAGGCGGUGCGUUUCUGA